UACAACCGAGAGUGUCAACGCUUCCACACCCGGAAGGUAUAGAAGCUAAGUAAAGAGCUGAGGAUGAACCGCUUCAAGACUUCUAAGUUUAAGAACACCACUCCAAAGAUACCGAAAAAAGAUGCCUGGAUUUCAAAUGUGCGAGGAAGCUCCCUCAACUCUCUGGGAAACCAGAUUAAAUCCAGCUGCAGUCUUGUGGCCUUCAAUACAGACCAGGCUGGAGGUGGAAUGGUGGGGCUUACCUCAGUAGAUCCUGGACCUGAUGGCAAAUGGACUGUCACUCAAGUUCCAUGCCACGCUGACCAGGUGACUGAUCUGGACUUCUCUCCAUUUGAUGACUAUGUGUUGGCCACCUGCUCAGCUGAUGAGACGGUGAAGGUUUGGCGUUUGUGUGAUCCAGGCCAGGAGCAGCCUGUCAGCGCUGAUAGAACAUUAAGUCUGGGUGAAGGACGACUGGAGUUGCUUCUCUUCCAUCCUACCGCUUCAGGUGUGCUGGCUGUUGGUUCCAGCAAGGGAGUCCAGAUCUGGGACACCAGCAGGGAUAAAGCCUUGGCAGUUCUGGAGCAGCACACUGACCAGUUGCAGAGUCUGGCUUGGAGAGAGGACGGCUCCGUACUGGCCUCCUCCUGCAAGGACAAAAACCUGCGUGUCUUUGAUCCGAGAGCCAAGCUGAGUCCAGUUCAGUGUGAACAAGGACUUCAGAACAACAAGGACUCCCGUGUUCUCUGGAUGAAAGAUGGUUAUAUUAUCGCUACUGGAUUCAACCAGAAUCGGCAGCAGGAGGUGAGGCUGUGGGACAGCAGGAAGCUGAAUUCAUCUCUGAGCUCUGUGUCUUUAGCCACCUCGAAUGGGACUUUGAUGCCGCUGUAUGAUCCUGACACCAGUCUCCUCAUAGUGUCAGGAAAGGGAGACAGUGUUAUCGACUGCUAUGAGGUGACCACAAGUGAGCCUUUCCUUUCACAAGUGAGUCACUGCCUGAGUGAUGCUUCAACACGUGGCAUCGCCAUGGUUCCCAAGUUGGCGCUGGACGUAAGUUGCUGUGAAGUGCUGCGGGUGAUGCAGCUGACCGACAACUUUAUCAUCCCCAUCAGCAACCAGGUCCCCCGCAAGGCUGGGCAGGACUUCCAUGCUGACCUGUAUCCAGAUACUGUGGGACAUACAGCAGCUAUGACAGCAGAUGAAUGGUGGAAUGGAGGGAACAAACAAGUGGAAAAAGUCAGCCUUAACCCGGACAAAAGACCUACUCAGGUCUCAGCAAAGGAGCUGCUUCGCGGCAAAAGUAAAGAGGACCCUUCAACCUCCAGCAGUGUCCUGAGCACUCCCAGCAGCAGUGUGGCUCCAUCCCGCUCCCCUUCCUCCACCAGUGGCCUGUCCUCUGGUUUCCUCCCUAGCCCCAGCCAGAGUUCCAGGGCCAUUCAGAGCAUGCUGGGCCCGAGUUCAAAGUUCCGUCAUAUUCAGGGGACUGUUCUUCAUCGGGACACUCAUUUCACCAACCUGCGGGGCAUGAGUCUGACCACGCCUGGCGAGUGUGAUGGCUUCUGUGCCAAUGGGCAGAGAGUGGCAGUGCCUCUGGCUAUCGCAGGAGGGCAGAUUGCUGUGUUUGAGCUCUCUCAGCCUGGGAAGCUUCCAGAUACAGCACUGCCCACCAUUCAGAACUCGGUUAAUGUGGCAGACUUCUGCUGGGACCCUUUUGACCCUCACAAGCUGGUUGUUGCUGGUGAUGAUGCCAAGAUUCGUGUCUGGAAGGUUCCAAAAGGAGGACUAGUGGAGACGCUGACUGAACCAGAGUGUGUUCUGCAGGGACACACUGAAAAAAUCUACUCUAUUAAGUUCCACCCACAUGCAUCGGGUCUGCUGGCGUCCUCAUCGUACGACAUGACGGUGCGUCUGUGGAACCUGGAAACUGGGAAAGAAGUCAAGAAACUGAGUGGACAUCAGGAUCAGAUAUUUGGAAUGGCUUGGAGUCAAAAUGGCAAGUUGUUGGCUACUGUGUGUAAAGAUGGGAAAGUGCGUCUGUAUGACCCACGUAAAUCUUCUGAACCUAUUCAGGAAGGUCCAGGGCCGGAGGGUCACAGAGGGGGCCGGGUAGUCUGGGUGUGUAAUGACCAGUACCUGAUGGUGUCAGGAUUUGACAGUCGCAGUGAGAGACAGCUGUACCUGUUCUCCUCUGGAUCUUUGGCCUCUGGACCGGUGGCUAAUACACCUGCUGAUGUGUCACCCUCGACCCUUAUUCCAUUUUAUGACCCGGACACCAGUCUUGUCAUUCUCACAGGAAAGGGAGACACACGUGUGUAUAUCUAUGAGAUUACACCAGAAGCGCCCUACUUCAUGGAGUGCAGCAGUUUUAACUCUUCUGAGCCACACAAGGGUUUGUGCUUUUUGCCGAAGACCAUGUGUGAUGUGCGUGAGGUAGAGGUGGCCAGAGCCAUUCGACUCAGCAAGACCACUAUUGAACCGGUGGCCUUUAAAGUGCCCCGUGUGAAGAAAGAGUUCUUCCAGGAUGAUGUGUUCCCUGAGACAGCAGUGUGGUGGGAGUCAGCUCUGAAUGCUGCUUCCUGGCUCUCUGGUUCUGAUGGACAGCAUCGCAAGAUCAGCCUGCACCUUAAAGACAUGAUCCCUGUGAGUGAGGCUCCUAAGGAAGCUCCGGUGAGAAAGUACCUUCCUUCUUCUGUGUAUCUCGAGGAGAAGACUGAUGAACAGAAGAAAGAGGAGCUUUUGACUGCCAUGGUGGCUAAGCUGGGGAACAGAGAAGAUCCAUUGCCACAGGAGUUAUUCGAGGGUGUGGAUGAAGACGAAUGGGAUGACUAGUGAAAGCCUUUACUCAGACCAGCCAAGGUGCCAACGAUCUAAGUGAUUCGACAUGCCAUUCCUGAGUGCCAAUCUGUAUUGCACACUCCAAUACACUCACUCACAUCUACUGUUUCUGAUUUAAAUAUAUGUUUAUGUUUUUUAUGGAUCAAUGCUUAUUCUUGGUUAGAUAUUCACUUGUUUGAAUGCUUAGUAUGGUGAAAUGUAUGAUCAUGUUAUCAGUACUACAAAAUCUACACUUUGUUUCCAUUUAUGAUAUUAACAAAUCUGCAAAAGGUUAAGAAUGCUCUUAAGAGGAACAGUCACUUAGUCAAACAAUACUACAUUCUUACAGUGAGCUGAUAGCAGUGUCACCCUUAUAUAGUGCUGACUUUCAAGCACUGUCUAUAACAGUUAUCCAAACCUUUUCAAAAGGGACUUACCUUUUGCAUUUAUUAGCACAACCAACCGACUACAAAAGCUUCCACGCUCCACAAUUAAGUUUGUAUUCAUUCACAACCAUUUAAUUAAAAAUGCAAAUGUAAGCCAAUGAGAGGGUUGAAAUUCUUCAGCAGCUAUGAAGUGCUGGAUGGCAGCCUGAAUAGUCCAAAACAGAAAGUUCAAAACAUAGAUCUGACUGAACUUUUGGAGAUAUUCCUGUGUUGUGUGGAGUGUCGGGUAAAUGUAAUCAUAGAUCGCUCUGCUACAUCUGGAGAAUCAGAACACAUUAUGCCAGCCCUUUACUCUGCGAUCCAGAGUUUGAAUCCUUAGCAUUUAUAUUACAUUUACAUUUUGGCAUUUAGCAGACGCCUUUAUCCAAAGUGACUUACAUUACAGUAUACAGUUUACAAUUGAGGGUUAAGGGGCUUGAUCAAGGGCCCAACAGUAGCAACCUGGCAGUGGUGGAGCUAGAACCAGUGACCUUCGGAUUACUAGUCCAGUACCUUAACCACUAGAUUACAGCUUGAAUUUCUUAGCGAUGCUGUGAGACGGUCGGGUGUCUUCAUACGACCCACUAUAACCCUGAUAAUGAUUUUCAAUAACAGAAUGAAGCUAAAUGUGACUGUUCCCUUUUCACUGUUUCCAGGACUGCAUGUUUUCCUGGUGUUAGCAAUCAUUCAUGCACCUGUUUAGGACAAAUCAUACACUUCUGAUGGUUUGCUAGUCAAAGGUUAGACUAACUUAGUACCUGUUAAUGUAUCUUUCAGGUUUUGUGGUUUAUAUGCAUCGGUGCAUCAUGUGGUUCUUGUAUAGAUAGAAUUAGGAACUUUGUAUUAUUUUAGACUGUAUAACUGGAACCAGGCGCUCGGGUGACGCAGAGCUAAAUUGCUUAAACCCACUAUAAGCCAGUUGGGCGUCUACAUACAGACACGAUUGUCUGACUGGAGGCGGGAUGAAUAACUGGAUUGAAAAACUGGAACCUACAGACCGUCUGCACCUUACAGACAGUAAUCAGAUUUCUUGAAUGAAAAACGUUCUCGAUACUUUUGUUCCUCAGUCGACUUUCCCAACAGUAUUAUGAGCAAUCAUUACAAGUGUUCAGGUCUCUCACAUAAUGCAACAACAAUCUGCUCAUGUUUACAUGUGACACAAAAUGUAUUGCAUGUUAACCAGGCAUGUACAGCAUUAGCAGACACCUUUAUUCAAAACAACUUACAAUCUUGACUGAAUACAAUUCAAGUAAUUGAGGGUUAAGAGUCUUGCUCAGGAGCUCAACAGUGCCAAUUUGGAGGUGGUGGGGCUUUGCUCCAUUAACCCUUUGGUCAACGGGUACCUUAAGUUCUGACCUACCACUGCACAUGUUAUCUGGCCAGGACUGUCUAAACAUUUGCAAAGAAAAAGACUGCACAAACUUAAUGUUUUAAUAUAAUCAGUGUCAAUAUUCUCUGGGAUGUCCCUUAACUUGAUUUUUACUUUUUAUACCUUGGAGGCAACAGGGUUGCUCUUGUUUUCUCUUUACAGUCAAUCUGUCUUAUGAGAUUGUUGCUUUGUAAUAAAACAUUUUCCAAGUU